GGUCAAUGCAUCGUUAUUCUCACGCGAGUGACGGUUAUAUAGAACUGUCAGCGAAUGAUUUAGUUUAUUUUCUGCAAGAUAAAGGGACGUGGCGGUAAUGGCUUUCUUCAAAUCGUCAAUAUUUGUAGUCUGUCUCCUCCUAGUGUUACAAGUGAGAGGAUGGCCUUUGUGCAGAACUUGUUACAGCAGAUAUUACGGGUCAUCUCACAGGGCUCCAGACAAAGGAUUUCCAGGACUGGUAGUGAUAGACGAUGACAACCCUAGGUCCAGGCAAGGGCUGCGUGUACCGCUAGAAGACGAAAACGCCCCCAGCCGCCAAGUCGCCUUGUCCAACGUGCACGUUCCGUAUACAGGGUUUCUGCAGCAUGCGUACGGGCAGCAGGAGCGGGCUUUAGCAAAGGCGCAGGCAGCAGUUUGAGACUGUUUAAAAUUUGUGCACGUAUUUCUUACGAAACAGUGUUGGAUUAACGGCCGUGAAAGACUUGUAAAGUAAUUUACUUCAUACAGUUAUGUAUGUGUGUGCUUGGACCAUAAUGCAUGGAUAUGGAACUGCCGCAAAGAUAAUACUAAGACUCUCUUCCGCCCGCCACACCCUUACGUUCCUUUUGGCAAGACGUUCAGGUCACGUGGUCUGCCACUUGUCUCCCAUGUCUCCCAGUUUGUCUCCCAUGUCUCCCAGUUUGUCUCCCAUGGCUACGGUGGAAUGUUCAAAACAUAAUAAAAUUAAAAGAAAAUUUAAAAAAUGCAGUU